CGCAGUUAGCGGGGGACAUUAGAGACGCCCAGACAGCCGGCCAUGAUUACUCCAUUUGGUACCGCGAUAACCACAGCAAUGGACUGAAUCACUAUUUAUCGUCGUAAUUAAGUAAAAUGUCAGCCAUCGAAUACAAUAAUUUGCUUUUCAAAGUACGCCGGAGAGUUAACGAAUUGAAUGCCGUCGAGCAAUUACUUUUCAUGUGCAGGGGAAAGGUGGCGCCUCGGACCGAAGAGAACUUACAAGAUGUAGUCUACUUGUUUGAAGAACUAGAAGAGAAGGAAUAUCUAGGACCUGACAAAUUGGAUAUAUUAAAGGAUCUACUGGAAGGUUUAGAGGAAUGGUCGCUAUUGGAAAAUGUUGAAAAGUUUGAGACCAAAAGAAGAGAAUAUGAUGGGUUACUUGAGCAGAUUAUUCAGGCGCUCGACGAGCUAAAUGAUCUGGAACGACUCGUCUCUAUAUGCAAAGGAAAGAUACCACACGACAGGCAAAGCAGCAUCCACGACGUUCGAUCUCUGUUUGAGGCGCUAAAAAACAACAACUGUCUCGGAGUUAACCAUCUCAGCAUCCUAAAGGCGAUUUUGACCCAAACAGAGAAACGAGAUUUGCUUGAGAAAGUAAACGAGUUUGAAGAACGAAGAACCCUUGAAAACAAUUUUGAAAGACGAAAAGGUGAUUACUGAUCUAUUGAAGCGUUGAUAUGCUAUUUCUUUGGCUCUUUUAAAGUUUUACGUUCAUUUUUUCCAAUGCUUACGGUUUUCUGUAACGAAGUUUUGUCUGUUUUCUUUUAGCUCAAGCAGCGGCCAUCGUGUCGUCGGCAAGAGGAGGUAAGAUUCAAUACAGUGACUAUAAAUUACGGAAGUGAGAGGGAAUUCCAACAGAUCCGGCUCUGGACUAGGUUUUUUAAAAUAAAGGCUUUCAAAGAACAAUGAAAUUUAAGGCGGGUCAUUUAUGGCAAGCUAAGUAAUCGAUAGACUUUUUACAGUUUAGAGGUGGUUGCUCGAAAUUAUUAACAUUUCAUACUACGGAUGACCCCAUCGUGAUAUUUUGUUUUGCUAGGCGACUGUAGGCGAAUGUAUUUGGCCGUUCGUUUUAUUGUAAUAUAUGAGGCACUUCAACGAAUAGCUUUUGCUUUUAAACUAAAGUUCAAGACAAAUGCAGAGGUCGACAAUGGCUGUUCAAAUAAUUCUUAAAAUUGUGCCGAAAGCUAUCAUUUAAUCAGUUAAUUAAUUCAUGUUGUUUCGCAUCCGUUUUCCUGACCUUCCAAACCUUGACAUGCAAUAAAUUUGCAGGCGUUUUCUGGGGCUUCAAUGUCACUUUAUAACUGGCAAACGUUUUGUCGCAUCGAUCCAGGUAUUCUUGCAACAAAUUCAGUUUCAUUUUCAGCCAUAAUAAAUAAUGCCAUCAAUAGCUGGAUUGAAUAAAAUAAUAAUCUGUUGCACCCAUUUAUUACAGGUAAGAACCCAUUCUGCUCCUGCGUUUUUCAUUUUCAGUAAAUAAAGACGAAGGAAAAUGCAGUAAUCAGUUGUUUAUUUUACCCAUCUCUAGUGUUAUCGGUAAGGUAGAGACUGUUUACAGCAAUAAAGGGUAAAAGAGUGACGUCAUCAAGGACGUUACAAGCAAAGCGCAAGAUAGCUCAAGAUGUAUACCGCUCAGACGGGCAAAUUAUGUUAUAAUGUCAUCAAUAUCGAUUACAUGCUUGUGCUUGUGUAAGUGCAGAAUUGCAAGAGAGCUCAAUCUCUCGUCUGUCAUGCUCCUUAGUAAAGGAGUUUGCAGUCUCUGCUGAAGCUACGCUCGGCUGUGCAUGUUGACACACCUGCACAGCUGGGAUAAGUCAACAAAGUUAUGAGAGCUAUAUUUUACUCCUGGAUAGAAUUGGAGUUGGCUUGGUCAAAAGUCUCAACCACGGUCUGUGGCUUCACAUUCGGAUCCAUUUCACUCAGUAAAAGGAUAAAGGAAAUCCUAACACCAAAACACCAAUAUAAUGCAAAAUAUUUAUCCCGAUUUAAUGAUAAAAAUGCGGCUUUCAGGAAACAAAAAAAAAUCUAUAUAUUUUUUCCAGAUUUUAGCUGUAUAUGCAUAAUUUCAACCCCCCCCACAUUUUGUGCAUUUUCAAAACUAACCCCCCAAAAUCAAGUCUCUUAAAAAAUUGCACCGCACCCCCGGACGUAAUAAACGAUCGGUCCCUAAGUGAAGAAUAAAUGUUCUUAUUACUCACAGAGACUUUAAAAGUAGCAUAGUCCCUAUGCGUUGAACCCGCCGGGUUGGAAACUUUCGUCAAAUGCAUAUUCCUAGACCUUCUUGAUUAGCAAGCAUACUCGGUUUAGGUCUUGAACUUUAAUCUUUUCGCGGAUACGGGUACUAUCUUAUACUGUCUUGGCACAGUGUAAGUGCUGAUGGAUUAGAUCCCCAUUUUUCCCUUCCCUUGCUCUCUGAUGGGGUUCCAAUUAAUUUAACGUUUUUUAGUCUGAGAUGGGUGUUGGAUUAGUGUGUAUGCAUAUCCAAAUUAUUUGUAGGUCAUUUUAAAUAUCUCAAAUAUAACGGAUUUUUGAGUUUUGUGUUGAGAAAACUUAAUAAAACAAACACAUUCUUUUGUAUAAACUCUCCUGUGCUGAAAAGGUGUGUUAUGAUCAUGCAUAUCCAAAUUAUUUAUACUAGGUCAUUUUAAAUAUCUCAAAUAUAACGGAUUUUUGAGUUUUGUGUUGAGAAAACUUAAUGAAACAAACACCUGUUUUAUGUCUGGUAGUCAGAGAUGGUGACUACACACCUUUGUCACCCAUUAUAAAUUUAUCACUUCAGUUAAAACUGCUACCAAUUGAGUGAAACAAUAAUUAUAAAAACCAAUUAAAAAAACCGUGUAAAUGACAUAGCCUACACCAAAGAAGGUACGGAUAGACAGAAAUUAAGGAGUUCAAAAUGGAUUGUGAUUGUAAUUAUGAUUUUUGAAAAUUUGUUAACCUUACAGUUUUUCAAAGUUCAUUUUGUAAUGGUUGAUAUAAUGCUUGGGAGACAUAUUUGUUUGAGUUGAAGCAGCGUUUGGCCAUUUGCAAGUCAUUUCUUUGAAGGAUAAGUGUCACGCAAACGCUAAAAACACGUAAGGACGGGUUAGGGGUGUCAGGGGAGACUUUUUUUUUCACCCUAACUACAGUGGUCAUUGAGUUCAUCAGUGUGCAACACAAAUUUGGGUGGUAUAGUGGCACUCAGUCAGUCAUUCUCUUGACUAAUUGUGAGCACCUAUUUUUUUACCCUUAGUUCUGAAUAUCAAAACGGUGUUCAAAGUGGCUGCAGGAGGUUUAGUACUAACAUCCGCCUAUCAACUGCUGAGGCGUGGCUGCACAUAUGAACAGCUGCUCACAGCCGUUAAUACCUGCGUCCUUCCUGCUGGCGCUAGACUGCUACAAAUAGCUGAGGGGAGUGUGUACUUGAAAGUUCAAGCAGAAAGUCUUACAGCCAUUGACCAUUUGUGGAGAUUGUACAAGAAUGGGACGCUGAAAAAGCGCCUGCAAGCCUUAUUUAUUACUGAUGAAAUGAAAGACCUUGCUGGUGGAGGGCAAGUGGAAGUGACCGUGAUCAUCGACGAGGACGAAUACGAGAAGUCCCGGAACGAGCUAGCAACUGUUGAAGCACAAGGUUACACACUCACAAAAUACAUAUAAAAAACUUAGCUGGUCAACUUAAGAAACAAAUUAUCUGGAACUAAGUCUGUGGGCUCCUGUAUAAGGUAUAAGCUUUUUUUCAGUUAGUGUUGAGGUCAAAAAGUGGUCAGGUUAAUCACCAUCUUAUUGGGUUGCCAAGCCUAUAAGUGCCGAUAGAAGUCCUUAACAUGUACGGAAUUUUAAAAUUUUAAAAAUUGUGACAUUGAUAGAGACUUCUUCAGUGCUAAACUGCUUCAAGGUAGCGGUUCUGAACAAUAUUGUUUGUUCUUGUUCUUUACCUUAACAUUUUUAGCCCCUGCCAUUGAUAGUCUUAACCUUAAAAGCCCACUCCAAAACAAUAAUAUCUUGUAUUUACAUUCUCACUCUCACGGAUUUAAUUUUACGAUAAGUGUCAUUGACAUCAGUAUUAUUUUUGAUACUACAUUGAUUUCAGAUGAACCUGAUGGUGAUGAAGGAAGGCGACUUCAAUACCUUUCUCAAGAAAAAUUCUCCUACAUAACGAAUUACAUAGAACAAACCAGGGAUACAGAUGUACAUAGUGUAUCUACAGACGACGACAGUGGGAAGCCUGGAUCGAGUAGCGCACCAUCUGAACUUGGAUUUGAAGAUACCAGCGGUAUGACUGUGAAUUCACUAGUCAAUAAGAAUUCCAGGCACGCCCAAGCCCCCCUCCCUCCCGGCCAUUUGUCAAGUUGCACGUUUUCACUGCGGGCAUUUGUCUUGAAGGUUCUGCUUGGAAGUUAUGAAAUGGCGGCCAUGUUGUGUACUGAAAAAAUCCAGUGUAGAUUGAGUUCUUUUCUCAUGUAAAACUUUCUUCUGUUCCAACAAAUUUGCAGAGCUGCUAACCACUUAUGAAAACGAUCUGAGCCAGUUUCGAUUUUUAAAAAUUUAUACUUGGCUACGCAGGUGAGGGAUAAGAAAUAAAAGAAAUCAGCUAUUUGAAAAACAGUGAUAAAUAAUCGAUCCUUUUGUUUAAUUCCUCUUAGCCUCGGAGUGCAUUAUGGGAAUUUUGAUAAUGUUCAUGGUUUGCUCUAGCAGGCGCGGAGCUGAAAUAAAAACAGAGCUCAAGUGAAGAGUGUCCCUUUAAAGGCAAUGAUUAUCUUCUCACAGUCCCCUGGGUUCAUAUUCCUGAAGUCAGUUCAUACUAAUGUUAUUGACCGUUUCGUUAUUUCAAAUCAAUAGUCAUUUAUUUUAUGCCAGUGAAGUCAAUAAUCCAUAAUCAAAUUUUUUGUCGUGUAUUUGUAGAUUCCACCUCCAAAUUGUGCUUGAAAGACCUAAGUAAAGAAGUGACUGAGGAACUAACGUCCAGGCUUAAUAGCAACGAAUAUGUUCUAAACCAAUUUUACCGGUCUUUUGGGCUUGAUCCUGUUUUACUACACCACGGUCGCGACCGGCGGGACAUUCUAAGUAUUUUUCCUGAUACCCCAGUCAAACUGCUAAAUGAAGUUUUUGAGGCGCUAAAACUGUAUGACUUUGCAGAAUUCUUAGAAAAGGCAACAAAACCACGGACACUUCGCCCUGCUUUUCCGCUAAAAGAAAUAGAAAAGUUAUCGAAAGCCAACCGCCCUAUAAAGGUCUACAGUAAAGUGGAGGUUUUGAUGAUCGACUUCUGUGAAGCCAAUGAACCUACUGUAGGCAACGAUGCGGCGGCAAAAGUCGGAUCUUUUUUUAAAACUCUGGAUUCCCAGAACGAAAUAACUUCGUUGACCUUAAAAAUUUCAGCGGAAUUGUCGGAAGAUCUUGAAACCUUGAUGAUGUGCAAGAGAGAAGAAGAAAGAGAUGAAACAAUAGCAGAAAAGAGGGAAGCGGACUGGUUUGGUAAAAAACAGCUUAGAAAAUGGUAUGGAAGAAGAGCACAAAUGGAGAGGUCGUAUGGUGUAAUGGAGCAUGACGAGCGCGAGGUGGGAAUACAAAACAAAAAGCCCGAGCAAAGAUUCGUCUCUAACACGGAUGAGGAACUACUGAGUGAGUUCCGCAAAGAGGAACCUGCAAUGACAAAUGAGGUUAAAAUGCUGACAGAAAAGAGAGAUCAAUGGAAGAUGGAAAGGAAGCGAUUGAUCGAGAGGCAGAUAAAGCAGAAGGAGGAAGAAAUAAAAAAAGAGAUUGAGAAAUUUGAAAUGGUUCUUUCAACCGUCAUCGACAAAUGGAGAGACCUGCAAGCAAACGAUGAA